AUGGAAAAUCAAGCAGAUUACAAUCAAGAGCCCAAGGGAUUUGAUAUGAUUAAUCUGGAAUCAGACCGAGAUGAACCCGCAAAGCUAUCUCCACCUACUCAGUUUGAAGGAUUCCAAAAUCAAAACUUAGGACAACAAAUUCAGACUCCUCGAAAAGCAAGAUGCUGGGAAUUAGAAUAUUUCAAACCAUUUUUUGAUGUAGACUCUGUUACUGUGUUUUAUCGAAUCCGCAAAGCAAUUUUGCCAUGGCAGACUUCAACAUUUUUUGAAGAUAAACUGCCUGAUCUCUAUUGCCCAUUCUGAACUGCUACAACAUUAAUUUUUUUAUUAGCAGCAGCUGGGAAUUUCUCUACAGAUAACCCAUUUGAGCCUCAUAAAUUGGUGACAGGAAUUGCACUGGUGUACAGUUUGGUUUUUUUGAUACCUACAAUUUGUUAUUUUAUUCUGUCUCAUAGUGGCAGCCAAGUUAAAUUUCUCGAACUUUUAUCAAUAUAUGGUUACUCUUAUGUGAUUUUUUUGCCUACUGUAUUACUGUGUGCAAUCCCUUCGUCAGUAUUCAGAUGGGUGUUAAUGAGCCUUGCAGCAGUAUGGUCAGGGAUUCUGCUAGUCAAGAAUUAUUGGAAUGAAAUAGAAAUUAUGAGCCAAGUAGCAAAAAUUGGGGUUGGGGUAAUAGGACUAGGAGGACACAUAACUAUAAUGCUGAUGGCAAAUCUUUACUUUUUUGAGUAG